AAUAAUAAAAAAAAUAUUUAACCAAAAAUAAUAAGAAAGAAGAAAAAAAAUGGCAUGGCAAUGAUGAAAGGGAAGGGCACAAGUGGGCGCAGGAUAAGCACGUGGGAGUCGCCUUACUCAUUGCACGCUGCAGUGUAUAGCCAUGGAAAUAUGGCUUACUUAGGCCCUUAAACCCACCAUUUGUAAUUUGUUUCAAGUAACGAAAAGGGAAAAGAGAGUAAAAUAGUAUAGGUUCAAGAUUCUCACAUUUCAGGUCCAGUUUUUGCUAUGUAUGAUUGGCAAUUUAUGCUUGUUGAGCAUAUCAAGAAUCUUGGAUUUGAGGAAACAGGUGGUGUUGAGGGGAGAACAUUUCUUGUUUGCUUUUGGAGGAAGAAGAAGAGGAACUUUCUGUGGGUUUUCUUGUACUGAAUGGAAGCUUUCAUCUGCUAUGAAGUUUGGUUUAUUUGAUUUAACUAUGUUAAAGAGUAUUUCAUGAAAUUAUAAAUCAAAAAGAGAAGAAAAAUAAAGAUUAAAGGAAUCAAAAGGACUAGUCAUGAAGUUUAUGAAACUUGGAUCCCGGCCAGACACCUUCUAUACUGCUGAGGCUGUCAGGUCUGUCUCCUCUGAAGUAUCCAGCGAUCUCAUAAUUCAAGUGAAAGGAAGUAGAUAUAUGCUUCACAAGUUUCCUCUGCUUUCCAAGUGCUUGAGGUUACAGAGACUAUGCUCUGAAUCCCCUGAAUCUUCACAACAUCAAAUAGUCCAACUACCAGAUUUUCCUGGUGGGAUUGAGGCAUUUGAGCUAUGUGCAAAAUUCUGUUAUGGUAUUACAAUCACUCUUAGUGCCUAUAACAUUGUUGCGGCGAGAUGUGCAGCUGAGUAUUUGCAGAUGACAGAAGAUGUAGAGAAAGGGAACUUAAUAUACAAGAUUGAAGUUUUCUUUAAUUCCUGCAUACUUCAUGGGUGGAAAGAUUCAAUUGUUACUCUCCAAAGCACUAAAGCUUUUCCUUUAUGGUCAGAAGAUCUUGGAAUUACAAGUAGAUGUAUUGAAGCAAUUGCUUCUAAGGUUUUAAUUCAUCCGUCAAAAGUAAGUUUGUCACAUAGUCAUUCUAGAAGAGUAAGGGAUGAUGUAUCUUGUAAUGGAGCAGAAAGCCAAAGGCAUAAACCGGCGAGUAAGGGAUGGUGGGCUGAAGAUAUGGCGGAAUUAGGCAUAGACUUGUAUUGGAGAACUAUGAUUGCUAUUAAAUCUGGCGGAAGGGUUCCUUCUAAUCUUAUUGGUGAUGCAUUAAAAAUUUAUGCAGCUAGAUGGUUGCCAAAUAUAUCAAGAUCAGGAAAUGCUAAGAAUGAAGAAGGAUCAGGUUCUGAUUCAGACUCUAUGAAUGAUCUAAAUUCAAAGCAUAGGUUGCUUUUGGAAUCUAUAGUAAGUUUACUUCCAGCAGAUAGAAGAGCUGUGUCUUGUAGUUUCUUGCUUAAAUUGUUGAAAGCAGCUAAUAUUCUUAAUGCCUCGUCUUCUUCAAAAAUGGAAUUGGCUAGAAGGGUGGGACUUCAAUUAGAGGAAGCAACAGUAAAUGAUUUGUUAAUACCUUCUUUCUCAGAUGAAAGUGACACUUUGUAUGAUGUAGAUUUGGUAAUUAACAUAUUAGAGCAAUUCAUGUUACAAGGGCAGAGUCCUCCAACUAGCCCUCCAAGAUCCAAGUUUGGGUUUGAAAGGCGAAGAAGGUCACGGUCAGCGGAAAAUAUAGAUUUGGAGUUUCAAGAAAGCAGAAGGUCUUCUUCAGCAUCACAUAGUGCAAAGUUGAAGGUGGCAAAGAUUGUGGAUGGCUAUCUUCAGGAAAUUGCAAGGGAUGUAAAUUUGCCUCUCUCAAAGUUUAUUGCUCUUGCUGAGUCCAUACCGGAUUUUGCAAGACAUGAUCAUGAUGAUCUCUACAGAGCUAUUGACAUUUAUCUCAAGGCUCAUCCGGAACUAAACAAAAGUGAAAGAAAACGGUUGUGUCGAACUCUAGACUGCAAGAAAUUAUCUGUUGAAGCCUGCAUGCAUGCUGCACAAAAUGAGUUACUUCCACUGAGGGUAGUAGUUCAAGUUCUCUUCUUUGAGCAAGCUAGAGCAACUAUGGCUGGUGGUAAAGUCACUGAGCUGCCUAGCAACAUUAAGGCACUUCUAGCCUCACAUAACAUUGACCCAUCAAGGCCUACUGCAGCAUUAAGCACUACUACUAGCAUUCCAGCAGAGGAUCAAUGGAGUGUCUCAGGCCUUAAGUCGCCAAAAUCCAAAAUUUCUACUUUAAGAAUGAAAUUAGCUGAAGAUGAUGAUUUGGAUGAAAGUGAUUUGCAAUCAAACGGGAGACCUUCAAAAUUUAAGGCUUUUCGCACUAUUCCUACACGACCUAAAAGAAUGUUCAGCAAGUUCUUGUCCAUCAAUAAAAAUGCUGCAGAAAAGAAUUGAGUGAUAAUUUUGUUUAUUUCCGGACAACAACAGAUGGUAAUUUCAAGCUUAAGUUAUACACUUUUGCCUUUUUUUGGUCCUCCUGUAAUUCCUAGCUGAAAUCAGAGAAUCGAAAUGUGCAUUGUUGAUGUAAUCUAAUAUAAUAAGAAUCGAGAUUUUCAGACGUGAGAGGAAUUAAAAUCUCUAGGUGGAUCUUUCUGUGGGAAUUAGAACAGGAUUCGUGGGUGUAGAUCAGUUUUUGUGGGACCAUUAUUCUUGUGUUUGUCUACAAAUCUGCAACACCUGUCUUUGUCUCUUUGCUGCAUCUCACCUGGAUCCUCAUUUAUUCAUUACUGCAAUUAGUUUUUGUUUAUGUCUUUUCUUUUUUCUGACAUAUAAUGCAGUGCUGUUAUCUUGCA